ACAAUGAAAAUGCACACAUCAUAACACCCCCACUCUUCUUCUCUCUGUUUCUCUCUCUUACAGCAUACACACACAUUCAUUCCUGUCUCUCCAAUGGCAAAACACAAUCCUUCUCGUUCAAAAAGCUUACUCCAACUCUCUCUCUUUGGCUGACUCAAAUAUAUUCACGCACAAAUCACUUCACUUCCUCAUCCUUUCUCUUCUCCUCUGCCCCUCGCCUUAGCAAAAAUGCUUCUCCUUUUCCUUUCGUUUCUCUUCUUCACCUUUCCCCCACCUUCACUUUCUCUCAACCAAGAAGGCCUCUACCUUCUCCAAGUGAAGGCCUCCCUCGCCGACCCUGACUCCGCCCUUUCCUCAUGGAAUCCUCGUGACCCAACCCCAUGCAACUGGCGUGGCGUUUCCUGUGACUCAGCCACUGGCUCCGUCACUUCCCUCAACCUCUCCAGCACCAACCUCGCCGGCCCUUUCCCUUCCCUCCUUUGCCGUCUCCAAAACCUUACCUGUUCCUUGUACUACAACAACAUCAAUUCCAUCCCUUCCGACAUCUCCACGUGUCAAAAUCUCACUCACCUUGAUCUCGCCCAGAACCUCCUCACUGGUGAACUCCCCCACACUUUAGCUGCUCCCAACCUUAAAUACCUGGAAUUAACUGGUAACAAUCUAUCGGAGAAUAUUCCGGAGUCUUUCGGUCGGUUCCAAAGGCUUGAAGUUUUGUCACUCGUUUACAACCUCCUAGACGGUACAAUCCCCGCCUUUUUGGGAAACAUUAGUACCCUAAAAAUGCUCAAUUUGUCGUACAACCCUUUUAGUCCGGGUCGGAUCCCACCGGCGCUUGGCAACUUAACUAACUUGGAGAUUUUGUGGCUCACCGAGUGUAAUUUAGUUGGCGAGAUUCCUGACUCGCUGGGUCGACUCAAGAAACUCACCGAUUUAGACCUGGCUAUUAACCACUUAGUGGGCAAGAUCCCGAGUUCUCUCACUGAGUUAACCAGCGUAGUUCAGAUUGAACUCUACAACAACUCGUUGACCGGCGAACUACCUCGCAGGUUCUCGAAUUUGACCAAGCUGAUCCUCGACGCGUCGAUGAACCAGUUAACGGGAACGAUUCCGGACGAGUUGACGCAGCUGCCACUUGAAAGUCUCAAUCUUUACCAGAACAACUUCGAAGGAGCAUUACCACCGAGUAUCGCCGACUCACCAGCUCUGUACGAACUCAGAAUCUUUCAGAACCGACUCACCGGGGAGUUACCCCAGAACCUCGGCAAAAACUCGCCGCUUAGGUGGCUUGAUGUCUCUAACAACCAAUUUACCGGUCUCAUACCGCCGAGUUUAUGCGAGAAAGGGAACCUAGAAGAGAUUCUAAUGAUAUACAACUCGUUUUCGGGUCAACUACCGUCGAGUUUAGCCGAGUGUCGGAGUCUGAACCGGAUCCGACUUGGUUACAACAAAUUAUCUGGUGAAAUACCCGCCGGGCUCUGGGGUCUCCCACACGUUUAUUUGCUUGAGCUGGUUAAUAACUCGUUCUCGGGGCAAAUAGGGAAAUCAAUUGCAAAUGCAGCGAACCUAUCGCUUUUGUUUAUCUCUGGGAACGAGUUUACGGGAUCAUUGCCCGAAGAAAUUGGUUCAGUUGAUAAUUUAGUUCAAAUUUCGGCCGGUGAAAAUAAGUUUAGUGGGCCGUUGCCAAAAAGUAUAGUGAAGCUUGAUGGAUUAGGAAUUCUUAAUCUUCAUGGGAAUGAGUUGGAAGGGGAAUUGCCUACUGGAAUCGAGUCUUUGAAGAAGUUAAACGAGUUGAAUUUAGCUAAUAACAAGUUUUCAGGGAAAAUUCCGGAUGGAAUAGGGAGUUUAUCGGUGCUGAACUAUCUUGAUCUGUCGAAUAAUCAGUUCACGGGGAGAAUUCCGCUCGGUUUGCAGAACUUGAAGCUUAAUCAGCUUAAUCUGUCCAAUAAUUUGUUAUCUGGUGAGUUGCCGCCUUUGUUUGAUAAGGAAAUGUAUAAGAAUAGCUUUUUAGGGAAUCCUGGUUUGUGUGGGAAUUUUAGUGGUUCGUGUGUUGGUAGGGACGGAGAUAAGCACAAAGGUUAUGUUUGGUUGCUCAGAUCCAUUUUUGUUUUAGCUGCUUUGGUGUUUGUUGUUGGUGUGGUUUGGUUUUACUUCAAGUAUAGGAAUUAUAAGAAAGCAAGGGCUAUUGACAAGUCUAAGUGGACUUUGAUGUCCUUUCAUAAGCUGGGUUUUAGUGAAUAUGAGAUUUUGGACUGUCUUGACGAGGACAAUGUGAUAGGGAGAGGAUCUUCAGGGAAAGUUUACAAGGUUGUGCUUAGUAAUGGGGAGGCUGUUGCCGUAAAGAAGCUUUGGGGAGGAGCGAAAAAGGGUUGUGAGAGUGUAGAUCUUGAGAAAGGUCAGGCUCAGGUUCAGGAUGAUGGGUUCCAAGCUGAGGUCGAGACUUUGGGGAAGAUUAGGCACAAGAAUAUUGUUAAGUUGUGGUGUUGUUGUACUACCAGAGAUUGCAAGCUUCUGGUGUAUGAGUACAUGCAGAAUGGCAGCUUGGGUGAUUUGUUGCAUAGUAGUAAAGGUGGUUUGCUGGAUUGGCCGACAAGGUACAAGAUUAUUGUGGAUGCAGCUGAGGGGCUUUCUUAUUUGCAUCAUGAUUGUGUGCCUGCGAUUGUGCAUAGAGAUGUUAAGUCCAAUAAUAUCUUGUUGGAUGGGGAUUUCGGUGCUCGAGUGGCCGAUUUUGGUGUUGCCAAGGUGGUUGAUGCAGCUGGAAAGGGUGCUAAAUCCAUGUCUGUUAUUGCAGGGUCCUGCGGUUACAUUGCUCCAGAGUAUGCAUAUACGCUUCGAGUGAAUGAGAAGAGUGACAUAUACAGUUUUGGGGUUGUUAUACUUGAGUUGGUCACAGGCAGACUUCCCAUUGACCCGGAGUAUGGGGAGAAGGACCUGGUAAAGUGGGUCUGCACCACUCUAGAUCAGAAAGGAGUGGACCAUGUUCUUGAUUCCAAACUCGAUCCUUGUUUCAAAGAAGAAAUAUGCAAGGUCCUCAACAUCGGCCUCCUCUGUACCAGUCCGCUCCCAAUCAACCGCCCGUCAAUGAGAAGGGUGGUUAAGAUGUUGCAAGAAGCAGGUGCUGAGAGCCAGCCGAAGGCUGCUGCUAAAAAGGAUGGGAAAUUGACUCCUUAUUACUAUGAAGAUGCCUCAGAUCAAGGGAGUGUAGCUUGAGGAAAAAUUUAUCCUCGUAUAGCUUGUUGCAAAAACAGAGCCACAAGGGUGAUACGCCCCUUUUUUUUCUUGCUCUCAAGUUUUGCUUGUCAAUCAUUGUACCCACUUGAUGUUUGCUUUACAGGUUGCUUUAGCGGGGAGGAAAGACAGUAGAUGUUGAAAUUUACACUGUGAAAGAGAGAGAGAGAGAGAGAGAGAGGCAGAUUUAUUAAGGAGUUAAUGCACACUGUAAAUUUAUAAACAAUGAAGGUUUUAUUCCACGUCUACAAAA